AACGUUGACUUCUACGAUCAUAUUGAGAUUCUUCGCGAUCUGAAUUUCAUCUAUGUCGAGACCCAUUUUGCCUAUGUUGAUGAUGACGACUUUGAUGAUCCCGUGAAUGUGACCGUCGAUUACUUGGAUACUCAUCCCGUGAACAUGACCAUUGAUUACUUGGAUAAUCAUUCCGUGAAU